AUGAGCAACUUGCAACCCUCUUCAUCCGAGCCAUCUAUUUUCGAGGUCGGCGCUUUCCUCCCCGGGGGGCACAACACCGACCCCGCGCUCCCGGAAAAUAGCCCCACGGCGGGCUUCAAGCUAAACCACUUCAUGCUCCGCAUCCGCGACCCCAAGCGCUCGCUCCACUUCUACAUGAAUCUUAUGGGCAUGCGCACAGUGUUCACCAUGAACACAGGCCCUUGGACAAUCUACUAUCUCGGGUACCCAUCGACUCCCCAAGACCGCGCCGACCUCCCCGCCUGGUCCGCCAAAGUCGGCGGGGACAAUAGAACCCUUACGUCAACGCUAGGGCUACUUGAACUAUACCAUGUCCAUGGUUCUGAGAAACCGAUCUCUGAAGGGGGAUAUGAGAUUUCUACUGGCAAUGAACCACCGAAUCUGGGGUUCGGCCACUUAGGAUUUACAGUGCCUGACGUCCCUAAGGCUCUUGAGAGAUUGAGGGGCGCGGGCGUGCGCGUUAUCAAGGAGCUUAGUGUUUCGACAAGGGAAAGUAUCCCUCUUAGUAAGUGGGAGGAGGAGCGCGGAAUCGGGGUUGGCGAGAUUCAUCCAAAUUAUAAGGCUGUCUUCGAUCAGAUUGCUUUUGUCGCUGAUCCGGAUGGAUAUACUGUAGAGCUUGUACCACAGACGAUGAACUAAAAUGGUUGAUUGGCAGCUACGAGCAGUUGCGCUUAUCUGUUUGUCAGGCUGGUUCCUUCUGGGAUGCCACCAAAUAAUCUAUGUAUUGAGAAAGCUUAGUUUAAGCUCCUGGAAUAGGCGCCUUCAGCAUG